GCCAGGAAGUAGCCGUCCUGAGCGCCAUGGCUCACUCCCCGGUGCAGUCGGGCCUGCCCGGCAUGCAGAACCUAAAGGCAGAUCCAGAAGAGCUUUUUACAAAACUAGAGAAAAUUGGGAAGGGCUCCUUUGGCGAGGUGUUCAAAGGCAUUGACAAUCGGACUCAGAAAGUGGUUGCCAUAAAGAUCAUUGAUCUGGAAGAAGCUGAAGAUGAGAUAGAGGACAUUCAACAAGAAAUCACAGUGCUGAGUCAGUGUGACAGUCCAUAUGUAACCAAAUAUUAUGGAUCCUAUCUGAAGGAUACAAAAUUAUGGAUAAUAAUGGAAUAUCUUGGUGGAGGCUCUGCACUAGAUCUAUUAGAACCUGGCCCGUUAGAUGAAACCCAGAUCGCUACUAUAUUAAGAGAAAUACUGAAAGGACUUGAUUAUCUCCAUUCGGAGAAGAAAAUCCACAGAGACAUUAAAGCGGCCAACGUCCUGCUGUCUGAGCACGGGGAGGUGAAGCUGGCGGACUUUGGCGUGGCCGGCCAGCUGACGGACACCCAGAUCAAAAGGAACACUUUCGUGGGCACCCCAUUCUGGAUGGCACCCGAGGUCAUCAAACAGUCGGCCUACGACUCGAAGGCAGACAUCUGGUCCCUGGGCAUAACAGCUAUUGAACUUGCAAGAGGGGAACCACCUCAUUCCGAGCUGCACCCCAUGAAAGUUUUAUUCCUCAUUCCAAAGAACAACCCACCGACGUUGGAAGGAAACUACAGUAAACCCCUCAAGGAGUUUGUGGAGGCCUGUUUGAAUAAGGAGCCGAGCUUUAGACCCACUGCUAAGGAGUUACUGAAGCACAAGUUUAUACUACGCAAUGCAAAGAAAACUUCCUACCUGACCGAGCUCAUUGACAGGUACAAGAGAUGGAAGGCCGAGCAGAGCCACGACGACUCGAGCUCCGAGGAUUCAGACGCGGAAACAGAUGGCCAGGCCUCAGGGGGCAGCGAUUCUGGGGACUGGAUCUUCACAAUCCGGGAAAAAGAUCCCAAGAAUCUGGAGAAUGGAGCUCUUCAGCCAUCGGACUUGGACAGAAAUAAGAUGAAAGACAUCCCAAAGAGGCCUUUCUCUCAGUGUUUAUCUACAAUUAUUUCUCCUCUCUUUGCAGAGUUGAAGGAGAAGAGCCAGGCAUGCGGCGGGAACUUGGGGUCCAUUGAAGAGCUGCGAGGGGCCAUCUUCCUAGCGGAGGAGGCGUGCCCCGGCAUUUCCGACACCAUGGUGGCCCAGCUCGUGCAGCGGCUCCAGAGAUAUUCUCUAAGUGGUGGAGGAACUUCAUCCCACUGAAAUUCCUUUGGCAUUUGGGGUUUUGUUUUUCCUUUUUUCCUUCUUCAUCCUCCUUCUUUUAAAAAGUCAACGAGAGCCUUCGCUGACUCCACUGAAGAGGUGCGCCACCGGGGGCCACCCCAACGCCGGGCGCCCGUCCAGGGACACACACAGUCUUCGCUGUGCCACAGCCAGAUGAAGUCUCUCAGAUGGGUGGGGAGGGUCAGCUCCUUCCAGCGAUCAUUUUAUUUUAUUUUAUUACUUUGGUUUUUAAUUUUAACCAUAGUGCACAUAUUCAAGGAAAGUGUCUUUAAACACAAAAACCCUGAAAUGUAUAUUUGGGAUUAUGAUAAGGCAACUAAAGACAUGAAACCUCAGGAAUCCUGCUUUAAGUUGAUAGCUCCCUCUGGGAGCUGGAGAAUCGCUCUGGUGGAUGGCUGUACAGAUUUGUAUAUAGUGUCAUUUUUACGGAAACCCUUUCGGCGUGCAUAAGGAAUCACUGUGUACAAACUGGCCAAGUGCUUCUGUAGAUAACGUCAGUGGAGUAAAUAUUCGACAGGCCAUAACUUGAGUCUAUUGCCUUGCCUUUAUUACAUGUACAUUUUGAAUUCUGUGACCAGUGAUUUGGGUUUUAUUUUGUAUUUGCAGGGUUUGUCAUUAAUAAUAAUUAAUGCCCCUCUCUUACGGAACACUCCUAUUUGUACCUCAACAAAUGCAAAUUUUCCUCUUGUUUGCCCUACGCCCCUUUUGGUACACUUAGAGGUUGAUUUCCUUUUUCAUCGAUGGUACUAUUUCUUAGUGUUUUAAAUUGGAACAUAUCUUGCCUCAUGAAGCUUUAAAUUAUUAUUUUCAGUUUCUCCCCAUGAAGCGCUCUCGUCUGACAUUUGUUUGGAAUCGUGCCACUGCUGGUCUGCGCCAGAUGUACCGUCCUUUCCAAUACGAUUUUCUGUUGCACCUUGUAGUGGAUUCUGCAUAUCAUCUUUCCCACCUAAAAAUGUCUGAAUGCUUACACGAAUAAAUUUUAUAACACGCUUAUUUUGCAUACUCCUUGAAAUGUGACUCUUCAGAGGACAGGGCACCUGUGGUGUACGUGUGGCCGUGCGUGUGUACUUGUGGCUGUGCGUGUGUGAUGAGACACUUUGGAAGACUCCUGGGAGAAGUCCCCAGGUCAGCGCCCUGGACAGCUUGCACACUUGCUCACUGAGAUGAUGCGGUUGGAGGUUGCUGAUCUGUGCGAUUGCUGUAGCGGUUGCUGGGGACCUUAAGGGUUAUUUUGCUUCUCUGAAAGGGGCCUGUGCCUGCUAGCCAGGCAGCCAGUGUGUCUGUUUUUCUUGGUUUGCUGUGGGGCCUUGCUUGGCGAGGGGGAAAAUCUCUGGGUUUCUGGAAUGGGAGAGUUCUUGCAGCAGUUGUUGACUGGUACAUGAAGCAUUCUUUUAUGUUUGUUGAAGCUGAUGAUUGACAUCUCCCGUGGGUGUGCCAGUUCUUGUGGAGUGAGGAUUUUUGGAAGCAAGGAAGUUAGUGGGUGAGCUUGGGGAUGUAGCUCAGCUAUCUGCUGGUCUAGUGGCCUCUAAGCUACAGGGGGGACAGAGCCCUGAGCUACAGAUGCUUGAGUGGGUUAUUGUGUCAGUUUGCUAGUGCAGUCUGGUUUUUAAGCUCUAAAAUUGAGGUAUUUUAUUAGAAGUGGAUUUGGGUUGAACUCUUUAAUUUCUAUAAGGGAUAUAUUUUGGUUAGGGGAAAUAGAACUGAGUUGCUAAUUCUUAUUGUACUCAUUACUCUGCACAAGAAUGUUAUCUGGAAUAAUAAAAUUGGGGAAGAUUUCAUUUUGUAUUUCCAGGGAAUAUUGUGUGUGGGGAACUGUUUCCUUACGUGAAGCAGGCGGCAUAAGCCAAAGGUUAGUUUUGUCUUUGUGAGAGAAUCGCACAGAUGAGUGUGUGUUCCCCAGGGCGUGCUGUUACCCGAUUUUUAAGUGAGCCAGGGCAGACAGCAGCUUCUCUGAUUCACAGAGGUCUUCAGAUUUACAAAUGGACAGUGACAUCAGUUUUUAACACUGAAGCCAGUUUCAUGCUAGUAACAGUGGUUGUGCUGCUCGAGGGACUGGGUUCUGAUGAAGAAUAUUGGUAUGAACGGGGAGUCUCUGCAGUCGCCAGACUAAUCCUACUCAGCUCCUUCCCCCGUGGAGCAACAAGUGAAUCUUUGGCAGCAUUGAGUUGAUUGGCAGCAUUUCCUGUCGGGGCAGAUGGGGUUUGAUGGAGUUAGAAAGCUCGCCACUGUACACUGUCUCCUGGGCUGUUACUUUCUGUUGACACACAACAUCAGCUCCAGAGUUUUUAAGGGCAUCUUAGCCAAGGAAGCUGGCCUUUGUGUAGCCACUUCCAGGCCUGCAUUAACAGAGAGCCCAGGCACCAGGGCUACAACUGGAACCUGCCUCAGCAUCAACUGCUGCUGGUCUGUAGCCAGACCCGCGGGCCCAG